GGCACAAAUUAUCAUGACCCUUUAUUAAAUCCUUCAAAAAAAAACACAUCAUUUAUUUUCCGAUAACAGUCCCUUUCUUUUCUUCUUUACACAACCACACCAUAAAUUUAAGAUACACACACGCAAGAGAAAUUAUGGUAAAGUUUGAUUAAAUUAAUCCAUUAGCUUGUCUUGAAAGUGUUUAAUGCUAUAUUGUAAGGGUUGAAGCAUCCCUUGUACUUCAUCACUAGUUAAUAUAUUAAUUUCAUUUUCUUAUAAAAAAAAAAAAGAGGCAAGGGACCCCUUGGUAAUUCACACAUAUGUUUUCUUUCUUUUUGAUAAUUUAUUAUUUUUUUUGUUAAAUAUAUUUUUAAUUCUUCUAAAUAUAUCAACUUUUAUUUUUAAAUUUUCUAAAAAGAAUUUAAACUUUAAUCCCGUAAAUUUUAAAUUUUUCAUUUUAUCCUCUGUUUUUUAUGACAUAUAGUUUGAUGAUUUAAUUAUUUAAUAAUUUUAUUUUUUAGUUUAAAUUUAUAGAUAAAUUAAUGAAGAUUAAAAAUUAAGUAUUUAAGGUUGUAUUCCCUUUUUGGGUUGGCUUUUACACUUUUUGUUUGCUUAAAAAAAAUUGAGUAUUUAAAUUAUUAAACUAAUGAUAUUUUAGAGUCUUAUAUAUCAAUGAGUAUGUUAUAAAAAAAUAUCACUUGGAGCAUGCGACAUAAACUUUUACAAAAAUAAGAGAUUAAAAUUGAAAAUAAAAAGUUUAGAGAGGAACUAAAGUUUGAAGUAAAUUUUUAGGAGGACUAAAAUAUAUUUAUUCCUUCUAAAAGUGAAAAUUGGUAUCUUUAGAAGGACAAAAAUAUAUUUAAUCUUUUUCUUUCUAAGACAUUUUUUUUGGCACAUUUUAUUAUUGACAUGUGUAGCUCUAUCCACGUGUCUUAUAUGUUUCCAUUCAUCUCCUAGACUAGAUUUCAGCUUGUUAUUCACAAAAUCAUAUAUAUAGCUUUGCAUUCUCCUCCCUAGCUUCUCAAUUGAUCAACUAAAUAACAGCUACCUUUCACUAACCAUACACACACAUUUCAUCUCUUGGUUGCUUUGUUAAAAAUCACUAUGUCAUGUAGAUGCUUAGAAACAUGUUUAUGAAUCAUCCUUUGAUGAUGUUUAUUUUGUGUUCAAAGUAAACAAAAUUAGCUUCAACUAACCAACCUAAGUAACCUUGUCGGUUGUGUAGUCUACACAAGUCUUUCUCAAGACAAAUACCAUUGGUUUGGCCAAAUCACUACUCUCUCAUCUUCCAUUGGUAGAUCUUAUUUUCCUUUCAAAAUAAUCUCUUAUUGGUAUAUAUAAUUUUCAUCUUUUCUUCUCCUUUUCAAAAUCUCAAAUAGAGAACCCUUUUGUUACCAAUCAAUCAAAAUGCUUUAUUACUUUCUUAUAUCUUUUGUUUCCUUUGUUAUGAUCCUUUCAAAAUCUUUUACAAAUAAACCAAUUUCAUCAAAUGGGACAAAACUAGUUUUUUCAAAUGUGUUUUUUGAAAAGCUUUUAAGUUUUCUAGCUUCUAGGUUCAAAAUAAGAACUAGUUUUUUUCAAUUUUUUCUUGGCAUGCAAUUAUCAAACAAGAGUUUAGCUUCAAAAUUUGAGCAUGGAGAAGAAGAGGUAGAGAAAGUUUCUCUCUUGGAUUUGCAUGAUUUACCAUUAGAUUGUAUACUUGAAAAACUUUCACCAAGUGAAUUAUGCAAUGUGGCAAAAGUGUGUAAAUCUCUUAGAAAAAAAUGUAGAAGUGAUUAUUUAUGGGAGAAACAUAUGAAGAUUAAAUGGAGUAAAGUUUUUGGUGAUGCUGCUUAUAGAGAAUGGAAAUGUUAUGUAGCUUCAAGAAACAUAGACAAGAGUUCAAAUCAACACAAAAAUCAGAAAACAAUACUUGAUUUUCUUCAUGGUUUUGUUCCUUUUUUUUGGAUUAAAUCAAAAUCAGAAAAUUAUAUCAAGUCAAGGCUAGAUGAUUCAAUUGCUGCACUUUAUCUUUCUCUUGAGAAUGGAAAAUUUUGGUUCCCUGCUCAAGUUUAUAACCGUGAGAAUGGACAUGCUGGAUUCAUGCUUUCAUGUUAUGAUGCUCAACUUUGCUAUGACUCUAGAAUAGAUACUUUUCAAGCAAGGUAUUCACCUAAUGGGAGAUGGACAAUUGAGGAAAACAUAAAAUGGGAGAGGCUAAGAGUGCCACCUAUUGAUUCUCCUUCACAUGUUCUUCAUAUUUCUGAUUGCUUAGAUGAUUUAAGGCCUGGAGAUCAUGUUGAAAUUCAAUGGAGAAGAAACAAGGAAUUCCCUUAUGGUUGGUGGUAUAGUAUCAUUGGUCAUUUGGAAACAUGUCAAGAGCAAGGGAACCAUUGCCAAUGUCACAAUAAAGAUACAGUGAUUUUGGAGUUCACACAAUACACAGUUGGUUCAAGAUGGAGACAAACAAUGAUAAACAGAAAGAAUCAUAGAGAACAAGGAAAUGAAAUAGAAGGUUUCUAUGGAGGAAUUAGAAAGUUGCAUAGCAAAGAGGAAAUUACAAGGUGGAAGAAACUUUGGCCAACAAAAACUGUGGAAUAGCAUGUUU